GACGUUGUCCUUCUCAACAAGCCAUCCACCAUUGUCAAACCCCACUUCCAUCCAAUCCCAAGCCAUCUUCUCAUCAUCAAAUACCACCCCACCAAAGGAUAAAGCCCUAAUCAAGAACCGUAUAAGUUAUCAUCCUCAAGAAAGUCAUUCGAGUCCUCCCUCUAUUCGUUUUCCCUCCAUUAAUUUCUGAUCCGAUCUUGGAUUGCUUUGAGCUCUGAACACAUUUCUGUGGCAAAAGGAGAGGAUGGUUAAAGCGGGGUAUCGCCUCCUCUUCUUGGGUGGCUUGUUAUCAUGGCUAUGCUUGGCUUCCCCGGCCACGUCGGAGCUGCAGCGGCUCCAACACCGCGUCAAACCUGACGGGACUCUGAGCUUCUUGGUCGUCGGCGACUGGGGAAGAGAAGGGAACUAUAACCAAUCUGAAGUUGCUUCCCAGAUGGGAGUGAUUGGAGAGAGGCUGGACAUAAACUUUGUGAUCUCCACCGGCGACAACUUCUACGACUGCGGAUUGACCGGAGAAGACGACCCUGCAUUUUUCAAGUCGUUCACGGACAUCUACACCGCCCCGAGCUUGCAAAAGCCGUGGUACAAUGUUUUGGGCAACCAUGAUUAUAGGGGCGAUGUUGAGGCCCAAUUAAGCCCCGUCCUAAAGGAAAAGGACAGCAAGUGGGUCUGCUUCAGAUCAUUUAUCCUAAACGCAGAAAUCGCGGAAUUCUUCUUCGUGGACACGACCCCGUUCGUCAAUGAGUACUUCACGGACCCUAGAGAAUACAACUACGACUGGAAGGGCGUGGAGCCGAGGGACGAGUAUCUGUUCAGCCUCGUGAAGGAUGUGGAUUCAGCUCUAAAGGCCUCCUCAGCAAAAUGGAAAAUCGUGGUCGGCCACCACACCAUAAAAAGCGCAGGUCAGCAUGGCGUCACCGUUGAGCUCGAGAAGCAGCUCCUCCCCAUCCUCGAGGCCAAUGAUGUUGACCUUUACGUGAAUGGGCAUGACCAUUGCUUGCAGCACAUCACUAGCACGGACAGCGACAUUCAAUUCAUUACGAGCGGAGGCGGGUCACAGGCGUGGAGGGGCAAGAUAAGCUCGUGGAAGCCGGAGGAGAUGAAGUUCUAUUACGACGGGCAAGGUUUCUUGUCCGUGAACAUGACUGGAGACCGAGCCGACCUCGUCUUCUACGACGUCUUUGGACAAGUCUUGCACAAAUGGUCCAUCUCCAAACAGCUUCACGACGCUGCUUAGUCAAAUAAAUUAUACUCUCAGCUCUAAUUAUAGCAAAUUAUUACUACGCAGUACGCAGAGAGAGAGAAGAACGUUAUAUGGUUAGCCGAUGCACAUGAAAAUGUUUUAGAACAUGCUGUGAGUCGACCUUGAUGCAGAAAAAUAAACGAGACCAUGUAUAUCGAUAUGAUGCAUAAGGAAAAAGAAAUUACGCGUUAAGAAGUUUA